AGGUGUAUCCUGUCAAAAUAGUAAAGUUGUCCAAAAGCAAAUUAGAAAAAAAAGUCAAUCUAGCAAUAAAGAAGAACAGAAUAAAGUUGAACUCGACCUCUCGCCCCGUGAGGCACCGGCGACGAUGCAGGUCGAAAAGGCGAGCGGUAGCAAGCAGGUCUUCGACCGCGAGAAGAUCGUCAAGCGACUGAGUGUCCUGACGUUUGGCCUGAAUACCGACUAUGUUUCGGUCCCGGAGGUGGUGGAAAAGGUCGAACAGGGGCUCUACGACAAUGUCAAAACGGCCGACCUGGACAAUCUCAUCGCGGAAACCUGUGCCUACAUGAGUCAAAACCACCCGGAUUACUCCUUCCUAGCCUCGCGAAUCGCCAUCACCAGGCUGCACAAAUCCACACCAGAAAAGUAUUAUUUGAUGCAGUAGAAGAUGUGUUUCUGUUUGCUAGGUAGAGUUGAUGUGUUGCACAUGAUUAACCAACAUGUGGUCUGUAUGUUGUCAGUGGUGAGUACGAUGUCCGGAGGUCUGCGGGCAAUGUUGCAAAACCAUGAUGAAAGUGAAACUUUUUUGUAAGGUACACCGACGUGGUGGAGGCAUUGUACCAUUGGACGGACCCAAACGGUAAGGAUUGCGCACUGCUCAGCGAAGAGUUCUACAAUGUGGUGCAGGAACACGCAGACAAAAUACAGGCCACCUUCGACUACACGCAGGAUUACAAUUACGACUUCUUUGGCUUCAAAACGCUGGAAAAAGCGUACCUGCUCAGGGUACUGCCAGCGUCAACAUCUUGAUGCACCCUACUCGUCUAGAAAAGGUGAUGAACAAAAUCACGCGCGAAUAAAAAGGACCAACUUUUAUUUGCAAUUUGGAAUGUCACUUUCUUUAUUGCUCACGUGCCGAUCGGCUUCUUUACAACGUCGCUACCCAGGUAAGAGGAAAAAUUGUGGAGCGACCGCAGCACAUGCUGAUGCGAUGUGCCAUUGGUAUCCAUUUCGGCGACAUUGAGCGAGCACUGGAAACCUACAAACUGCUUUCCCAGAGGUACUUCACGCACGCCACACCAACACUGUACAACGCCGGCACAAAGUUGAACCAGAUGAGCAGUUGCUUUCUCCUCUCGAUGGCGGGGGACUCCAUCGAGGGGAUUUUCGAAACCUUAAAGCGCACCGCACUCAUCAGCAAGAGCGCCGGGGGCAUCGGCGUAGCGAUAUCCAACAUCCGCGCGUCGGGUAGUUACAUCCGCGGUACUAACGGCUACAGCAAUGGUCUGGUGCCAAUGCUGCGCGUCUUCAACGAUGCCGCCAGAUACGUCGAUCAAGGUAGAAGUCCCUCUUGUGUUUUUGAGCUGUUCAAUCUACUUGUCGAGGCAUUUUAUUGUUCUUCGUCUCUCUUCCCUGAACUGCAGCUUGAGCUUUGCAAUCAUGUCCUGUCGGGCUACCUUCCCAAGACAAGGUUUCGGAUGAUCAUUGUAUCUUGUUCAACUUCAAAUAACAAAGGUGGCGGUCGACGGAAAGGAAGUUUCGCCAUGUAUCUGGAGCCCUGGCACGCAGACGUUUUUGACUUCCUCGAGCUCAGAAAGAACCACGGCAAGGAGGAAAUGCGAGCGCGGGAUUUGUUCUACGCCCUCUGGAUACCAGAUCUGUUCAUGAAGCGCGUCAUGGCCGGUGGUGACUGGACGCUAUUUUGCCCGGACGAAGCAGUAUAUGAUUCCUCCUUCUGCCUCUGCGUAGCACCCUUGUUUUUUUCUGUCUUCGUUCCUGCGUUUCUGUUCCUGCAAUGGAAAUAGUAUACGCGUGAUUUUUCCAGAGAUUUAUUGUGGUCAUGAUGCAACCCUUACCCUCUCGUCCAAGAAGAGGAAGAUUUUCAACAACGAUGAUACAUGCAAUUCCAUUUCCAUACAGGUGGGGACGGGGCCCGACGGCAAAGUGCUCACGCUGCAAGACGCCUAUGGCGAGGAGUUUGAAGAGCUGUACGAGAAGCUUGAGAAGGAAGGAAAAGGGAGAAAGACGGUGAAGGCCCAGUCGCUGUGGUUCAAGGUCUUGGAGAGUCAGAUGGAAACCGGAACUCCCUACAUGUGCUACAAGGACGCUGCAAACAAAAAAAGCAACCAGAAGAACGUCGGUACCACUAGUACCAGCGCACUUCUACGCUGACCCAUUUUGAGGUUUGUUCAAUCGUCUGAAGCGAGAAUUCCAUGCGGCUCAAAAUUUGAGCCCGACGGAGUUCGUGACAAAAUCAUUUUUAGACAAAAUAUUUCUACACAACUAGGACAAGUUGCAACUAGUUGCAGGCCAUAAUAAAAUUACGCAACUACAUCAAAAACAGGUACGAUCCGGUGUUCAAACUUGUGCACCGAAAUCAUGGAGUUUACCAGCCCAGACGAGGUAGCGGUGUGCAACCUGGCGUCCAUCGCAUUGCCCCGUUUCGUGGACGACAAGACGAAACAAUUCGACUUCGAUUUGCUGUACAAUUUGCGUUUUUCUUGAUAAGCAAUUCAUUGCGGCACCCUCGGUGGCAUCGCAAUCGCAUGAUUCUGCUCAGCAUGAGUAAGCAUCUCCUAUAGGUACAGCUGCAACUCCGGAAGAGCACCUUCUGCACCCCAAACUCUCUUCAUUUUCGUUUCCAGGUAUGAUAUCACGAAGGUGAUCACAAGGAAUCUGAAUCGCGUCAUCGACCGUAACUACUACCCCGUGGAGCAAGCGCGAAGAAGUAACAUGAAGCACCGACCAAUCGGUCUGGGUGUGCAGGGGUUGGCAGACGUGUUUAUGAAGAUGAAGAUGCCCUUCGAAUCUCCCGCGGCGGGAGUGUUGAACAAGCAAAUCUUCGAAACUAUUUACUUCGCCGCGUGCAAGCAGAGUAUGGAACUCGCCAAGGAAGAGGGGUGGUAUGAGACCUUCCCAGGUAAGUAUCUAGUAACUCUAAGUGCGAUUAUGUCAUGUACUUGCAAGUUUUGUGUUUGUCUUUGUCACUGGUCUUGUCUUAUCAAAUGAUGCGCCAUCAAGUUAAGGACCUCUGACGUCAGAGUUGUGCGACCGUGAAAGAAUGUGCUGCAUGCCUCUUGCUAGCAUUUUUACGUACAACCAGGCCAUGCAAAACCACUGUGAACAAGGUUCCCCCGCUAGCGAGGGGCUUUUGCAGCCGGAUUUGUGGGGCGUGAAGCCCGAAAACGGACUGAAGUGGGACUGGGACGAACUGCGCGCAGAGGUGAAGCAGCAUGGUCUGCGGAACAGUUUGCUGCUCGCGCCGAUGCCCACGGCGUCCACCGCCCAGAUCUUGGGGAACAACGAAUCCAUCGAGCCGUACACGCAGAACAUCUACGUGCGCAGGGUGUUGUCCGGUGAGUUUGUAGCCAUCAACCGCCACCUGCUCAACGACUUGGUCGAACGGAAGCUGUGGAACGAAGAACUGAAACAGACGCUCAUCGCCCACAACGGGUCACUGGCACAAAUGGGCGACGUGCCCUCCGAUCUGAAGGAACUGUACAAGCGACUAUCCUGCAUUUCUAAUCUUGUUCCUACGUUGUGUGUACUUCGUUCUCCAGUUCUGUAGUUUCAGAUCAUGAUUAUAUCCGAAUCCGAGCAAUUGGAAUUGCAAAAAUGCGAAAAUUCCAGAUACAAGACGGUGUGGGAGAUCAAGCAGAAACGCGUGAUCGAGAUGGCGGCCGACCGAGGUGCGUACAUCGAUCAGUCGCAGAGUUUGAACAUCCACAUGACCGACUGCACGCAGCAAAAGUUGUCCUCCAUGCAUUUCUACGGCUGGAAGCUCGGGCUCAAGACCGGUCAGUACUACUUGCGAACGAAGGCGGCUGUGGAGGCAAUCAAGUUUACGGUCGACGCCGCUUCCCUGCAGAAGAAGACCGAGGAGAUCGCAAAAGAGCAGGCCGAGAAGAGCAAAUACGAGUGCGUUGGUUGUGGAUCCUAAGCGAUCCGCGGUUUUUGAAGAGGGCGCCACCAAUACAUGUGCACAAUCUCAUCAUAUCCAGACUACUUGCUUAUCGAAGAAAUGUAUCAAAAUCAAUAGCGAAAGCACAUCUUCCAAAAUUUACUAUACCAGAAUACAGAUGAUUCAGCAAACUAGGAGAUCGAGUGCCACUCGACACAACAGCAGAAUGUAACUGUACAGCUACAGUACGGAAUGUACCGAACCAGGGAUAGUACAACCUGCUCCUUUCGCGUCACAUUUUUUGUUUUUUUCUCCGCGGAUGUGGUGUCGGCCUAUUCGCAGACGCAGGUGUUUACUUCUUCAUAUUGUUGUAGGAGAGUUACAACUUAUUGCAGAGUUACUAGAGGAAUUUCUGUGCUACUUACCGGUGAGCUGCAGGGCGCUGCUUUUGCAGUCGCUUUGCUGAGAGCAAGGCCAGCUAGACUUUUACUUCGUUUUUUACAAGCUUGUCACAAGUUCAGCCGAUGCUGACACAGAAAUUCAAAUUUUACAAUUGCCACGAUUCAACAUUCUAUCUUGAGCCUACCAGAGGCAGAUCUGAUAUAUGAUGCAGAAUCUGAGCGCAAAAAGUUUUGGAAAAGUCCGCCCAACCCCGGAUUUACACCAUCCUUUAAGUGGAGACGUGAUUGACCGCAAAUGCUAACGUCAUGCACCGAUGAUCUUCUCAAGGGCUCAUUGCAACAGCACUUGCUGCAGGGCUUCUACGACAAAAACAAUUGCGAAUUUUGUCUAGUGCCACUCUGAUCUUGCGUACUGUUUUUAGUCAUCAUCCUGACAUCGCUUUUGCCUUUGCUACAGCUGCUAUGACGUUUCGGCUUUAUUUCGGCUAUAAGCACUGAUAGUGAGUUCAACCAUAACUGGAAGAUUUACAAUUUUUGUGAAGAUUAUCUGUCAAGAGUCAGAGUCAAUUUUUGUUUAUGACGAAUUUCAACAAACUACGAACGCCUUAUUUUUUUACGACCAGCAACCUCGAUGGACAUCUUCAUCACUGAACAAUAAAACGCCCCCGUGUGCAGCGUCGCUGCGACGAGAUUCGACUUUUUUGCUUUCUCUUAUGAGAUGCUCAACAAAUGAAACCAAACAACAGCAGCACACCUGUUGCCGCAAAGAU